CAAAAAAAAAGUUCAGAAGUUGCAUUUUCGCUUUUCUCCCAUCACUGUUUCGGAGUGUGUUGUGUUUGCUGGUCCUGUGUGAAAUAUAUUUUGGAAAUUAGUCGCUUUUACGAAGAUUUUAGCUUGCCAAUCAGCAGACCUGGUUGAUCGGCGACGGCAGCAAUCCUGUUCGCCGGUUGGAGCAACUGAUCCGCCGGAAAAAAAAAUCGAGGCUAGUGAAAUCUCCGGCAUCCGUCCGGUAAGCUCCGUCCAAGGGCAACCCGGCCAAGAUGUGGGAUUCUUCCGUGUUUCUCAGUACACUUACGCCAAAGUUUUACGUGGCUCUCACCGGCACUUCUAGCCUCAUCUCCGGUUUGAUUUUGAUCUUCGAAUGGUGGUAUUUCCGCAAGUAUGGAACGUCUUUCAUUGAGCAAGUAUCUAUUAAUCACAUUAGUCCGUGGAUCGGAGGAGGAGAAACUACUACCGAAAAUGUUUCGAGCAACACCACUCCGACAACGCAAAACAUGCCAGAAUGUAAGGUUUGGCGUAAUCCGCUAAAUCUACUAAGAGGUGCAGAGUACCAGCGGUUCUACUGGGCCACCCAGAAAGAGCCGCUAACCUUCUAUGAUAUGAAUCUAUCUGCACAGGACCAUCAGACUUUCUUCACCUGCGAAGGUGACGCUGGAAAAGCAGAAUACGAAAUUAUGCAAACGGCUUGGCGGGAACGGAACCCAGUCGUUCGUAUUAAGGCUGCCAACAAUGCAAUCGAAAUUAAUCCGAACUGUGCCCCUGCCUACAUUCUACUGGCCGAGGAGGAAGCAACCACCAUUCUGGAGGCGGAGCGAAUCCUCCGAACGGCUUUGAAGGUGGCAGAGGCGAAUUACAAAAAGUCCCAAGCUGUUCAACAUCAAGGCCCAAUCAUGGAGGGGAUCUUCCGAAGGGACACGAACGUACUUAUUUACAUUAAGAGGCGACUGGCCAUGUGUGCUCGAAAGUUAGGUAAGUUAAAGGAAGCGGUGAAGAUGUUCCGUGAUCUCACUAAGGAAAUUCCACCAAUCAUGAAUGUGCUCAACAUUCACGAGAAUCUACUGGAAGCGCUGCUAGAAAUGCAAGCUUAUGCAGACUGCCAAGCAGUGUUGGCCAAAUAUGACGACAUUUCACUGCCAAAAUCAGCGACAAUCUGCUACACGGCAGCCCUGCUGAAGGCCCGUGUCGUUGCAGAGAAAUUCUCACCGGAUAUAGCAUCCAAACGUGGUCUGACUCCGGCGGAGAUGAGCGCUGUGGAAGCGAUUCAUCGAGCAGUGGAGUUCAAUCCUCACGUGCCCAAAUAUCUGCUGGAGAUGAAACAACUAAUUUUGCCUCCGGAGCAUAUCCUGAAACGCGGAGACUCGGAAGCCUUGGCCUAUGCCUUCUUCCAUCUGCAGCACUGGAAAAACGUUGAAGGAGCGCUCAACCUACUGCACUGUACCUGGGAGGGAACUUUCCGUAUGCUUCCGUAUCCUUUGGAACGUGGUCACCUUUUCUACCCGUACCCAACCUGUACGGAAUGCGCCGACCGGGAAUUGCUGCCCGCAUUCCACGAGGUCUCUGUCUAUCCGAAAAAGGAACUUCCCUUCUUCAUCCUCUUCACGGCCGGGCUUUGCUCGAUAACCGCUCUCCUGGCCUUGCUGACCCAUCAGUACCCGGAAUCGAUGGGAAUCUUCGCCAGCACCACGCUGAACUGGUUCUCCCUGCCGUUCCAUUUCGUCAAGGAACGAUUGGAAACCAUUUGGCCGUGUAAUCUCCUGCAACAUUUGUCGCGGAUUUAAAUUAUUGACUAUAAUAACUCCUUGAUAGAAUGUAGAAGUAGAUAACAACCACGCGCUCAUUGCCAUUAUUUGUCUGCCCCCCUGUCCCCUUUUUGAAACAAAGACGCGCAACAAGAAGCUCUCUCCAUCACCCACGCAGUAUGUACUGUCAAAUCGAGCGGGUAUGGAUUCGUAAUCGUUAUAAUUAUAGGUUUGUGUUUUGGAUUGCUUCCUUUUAAUCAGUGCUAACAGCCUGCGUAUUGCUGAAGGGUAAAGCCACGUCCCAUUCGUAAUAGGUAUGGUCAAUGCUAAAUAUACCCCUGAUGAUAACCAUAGCCACAGACACAGACAGAUGAAGAAUAAUUCGCAGAAAGUACUAAAUGAUUCUAGAAUAAAACAAACAAUGCAAAAUGUAGAAAUUAUCGUAACUAUUGUCUCCUUAUGUGUAGUUGUGACAGAACUUUUUUUGUUUGUGAGAAUAUUGAAUAUUGAAUGAUAAAGCAAA